AUGGAAAUUUUAAGCAAUGAAAACAAUGUUCGAAAAAUUACGUCAAUUGAAUUACCAGAUGAUUUGUAUGAAAAAAGUUUGGAUCCAUGGAAGUUUUCUCUAAAAGGAAGGCUUGAUUUACAGAAGACUGAGUUUUUUGAUGUUGUGGUUAUUCUUAGAAGUCAAUGGAAAUUACAGGGAGAUUGUUGUAUGAUUCCUUUAGGUCGGGGUUUCUUUACAAUUAAACUUGAUAAUGAAAAUGACAAGAAGUUGAUCAAAUCACAGCGGUGGGAGGUGUCGAAUCAAAUAUUACAAGUUAGAAAUUGGGUAUCAAACUUUCGACCAGCAAGUCAGAGAAUAUCCAAAGCAAUGGUGUGGGUUCGUUUUCCUGGAUUGGGAUUGGAAUUCUGGGAUGAAGCAAUUUUGUUUAAAAUCUGUAAUGAAUUUGGUACUCCAAUUAAGGUUGAUAAUGCUACUGCAAGGUGUGAAGUGGGUUAUUAUGCAAAUGUUUUGGUUGAAGUCGAUUUUGCACUACACAUUCCUAAUAAGAUUUGGAUCGGAACUAAAUAUGGAGGUUUUUUUCAAGAUGUGGUGAUUCCUGAUUGUCCUAAAUAUUUUUCAUCCUGCAAAAUUGUUGGUCACCUAAAUGCAGAAUGUAGAUAUGGGAAAAAUAAAAAUGUCAAUGCUCAGCAAGAACAAGUAAAGUUUCAAACAAUAUCAAAGGAAGGGAGGAGUCUUUCAAAGGAAACUUCAGAGCCCUUUGAUAUCUGUGAUGUUUCUUCUAAAGAAGAUUCAAUAGUGGAUUCUAUUCAACAGACUACUUUACCAAAUAUUUUAAGUGUUGCAAUCUUUCAACACAGUAAGUUCAGUCCUCUUGAAAAUGUUGAAAGUGUAGUAAUACCUGCAGAUAUAAUUAAAGAAGUUUCAUCUCCAAAAGUGACAUCAUCAUUAAAUGUGGGUUAUACUUCAAAUGAAGCAUCAAGUACAAUUGUAGAAGCAACACCAACUGUGGUUUUAUCUCCUAAUGUGGCAACACAAACACCACAAGAAACAAUAAGAGUGAUGGAAGUAAAUAGUAAUAUGAUUCCUUUUGUUGAUGGCACAAAUGGUACAGUAGUGAAUACACCAGUGCAAGUAACAUCCUGGGCAGAGGUGGUGGAAAAAUAA